AUAGGGACAGGGAGAUCGUUUUUAUUAUUUUUCUUUAUCAUGCAUGUAGUCAAUAAUGGUCUAAGAUGUAGUCAUUUACUCAUUUACCGCGUAGUAGAGACUGAAUAAAACAAGCGACUUGGUAUAUCAUAAUAUAUAUAAAUAUCUUACAAUUUUUUAGGUUGAAGAACUGAGUUGCAAGACUUGGUAGGAGUUUAUAAGUUUUGUUUCUGAUGGCAUACAGAUAUAUGUAUACACAACACAUGCUACUCUGUAGUUCACUGAGCACGAUAACCUCUGACACAUGCUCGGCUGCGACUCGUACACAACAACCGGCUCCUCUGUCGGCUCCGGACGCAGUCAGCGAGUGUGACAGUGACCACUGAUCGUGCGCGACAUGAUCGCGAUAGUGUUGGUGGCCCUGGUGGGCGGCGCCGCCGCGGCGCCCGCAGCCGACCUGUCGCCCUUCGACGGCAGCUUGCAGCGGCACCUCCGCCGACAGAUGGCCGAGCUGAGGGACGACAUACGCAGCCAGACGCCGCACGUGACGGAGACGUUUGACGGUGACGCGCUCCAGUACACCAUUCCCGUUUCAGGAUUUCAAGAUGUGAAUGACUUUAAUGUGUCAGCGAGGAGAGGUACGCUGCUGGUGCACGCGGUCCACCUCAGCAACAGCUUCUUGCUGACGCAGCGGCUGCCACAGUUCGCGAGCGAGCGGGCCACUUGGACUUACGACGACGGCGUCCUGCGGGUCACCGUCCCGGCGAAGAGGAGCGACGGCGACGCAGCGCUUCCUACUGACGAGUGAAUGCAGAGCGAUGAGCGGACGAGCGCACGAUGAGCUAGCCGCGACUUGAAAACAUUAUUUAAAAAAUAAAGUUAUUAGGUACAAUA